AUGGCAAUAAAAUUGGAAGAAAAUCAGCAAAACAUGAUUUAAGAGUCAAACAUACUCAAAGAAAUCAAUGAUAAAUACGAGAUAAAUGAUAAAUUGACAACUCGGAUUGUUCCUUACUUCUAUGAACGCGCAACUAUCGUAGACCCUACAUACAAAUAAUUUCUAGCAAUGGAAUAUCUACCCUAGAGCCUGAAAGAGUUUUAUGAUGAGUAAAAGGGCAAGAAAGGAGGACUCAGUUUCUGUUAAAUAGCUCUCAAAGUCUUCGAAUGCAUUAAUGGAUUCCAUGAUCAAGAAUAUAUUCAUCGUGACAUCAAACCAGAUAACUUCAGAGUUAAGGAUGGAUAAAUUUUCUUAAUUGAUCUUGGGGCUUCAAAAAAGUAUAUCGAGUAUGGAGUUCAUAUUCCCGAAAUGGGAGACAGAGAUAUAGUAGGAAAUCAUCUGUUUGCUUCAAUUAAUGUUCAAUCAAGGAUAUAAGCUUCUACUAGAGAUGACUUUAUUUCAGCUUUCUAUGUACUAUACUGGCUUAUAUAUGACGGUGAUAUUUAUUGGGAUACUGAAGUGCAAGAAAGCGGUUACAUGUCUCAUAAUCAAAUAUCCUAAAUGAUUGAAUUAAAGAAUUCGGUACAAGAAUCAUUGGAUGAAUCAAACCCAGAUCUUAAAAAAAUGCAACAAAUACUAGCUCACUUAAAUGGAUUAAGAUUUAAUGAGCGUCCGAAUCUUCAAAAAAUUCAAAAUAUUCUCUUUGAAUAGCAAAGCUUAACACAUUAAAAGAUUAAUCUCAAUAAUUUAGCAAUCUACACACCUUUCAGCUUAAUGGUUUAGGUUAGAAUUUUAGAAUCUGAUCUCUAAAAUAAAGAAAAGGAGCAUAAAUAAUAAAUACAAGACAUUGAACAUAAUUUUAUCUCACUUCAAAAUCAAGCUACGCAAUUUUAAGAUUAAAUAGGUCAUCUCACUUAGGAAAAUGAUAAACUUAAAUAAGAGAAUAAAGAACUGCUUAGAGAUAUCUCUAAUUAACGGGAAACAAUAGAUACGCUGUUAAACUAAUAAAAAGAAACUUUAAAUCCAGAUAAGGAGAAAUCAAAAUUUUCAAUGAGUCAUCAUUCUUCUACUCAUGAUACACUAAUGGAAGAAGUCAAAAGGGAUCAUAAUUUACAUUAAUAAGAAUUUCCAAGCGAUAUUGUAUUCUCAAAACUUGAAAAGUCUUAAUAAGAAGACAUAUUUCGGAGAAUAAACGAAGAUCAGAAAUCUAUGUUAACGUAUUUUGAAAAAUUGAUCAUUAGCUAAUACUAAUACCAACAAAAACUCUUAGAAAAGCAAUAUGACUAUAAAAUAAAAGAAGAUAUAUGGAAAAAUUAGUAAAAUCAUGAUGAUCACCGGCAUAUAAAAAAAUUAAUAAAAUUAGACCUAUCAAUCUCUCCAGAAGUAUAUAGAGAGAUUUUAGGUAAGGAAUUAGAAGUUUCAGUAAUUUUUGUUAAAAAUGGAGAAGACUAGCCAGCUCAAUAAAUGAUAUUAAUUGAUAAAUCAAAAAAGAUUUUUACCUACCGAACCUCUGAUCAAAAUACCUAGGAGCAGAAUACAGAAUAAUCCUACUUUUUUGAAUUAUAUACUUACAGAAUUUCAUCAAGGAAAAAUGAAAGGUUUGAUGAAAAACGUUAUUUUAUUCAAAAGAGUGAUAGCAAAAGAGACAUAAAAUUGUAUCGAUUUCGUGAACAUGUAUAUAAUCUCUUUAAUUUAGAUCAUGACUAUGACUAUGACUAUGUUUGA